AUGUUUACCAGUGCCUGUGGUCACAGCGGUAAAGCCAAGCGGGGCCACCUGUGUUUUGAUGCGGCCUUUGAAACCGGAAACCUUGGCCGGGUGGAUCUGGUCGGUGAAUUCGAGUACGACCUGUUUCUGAGGCCAGACACCUGCAAUCCCCGGUACCGGUUUUGGUUUAACUUUACCGUGGACAACGUCAAACAAGAUCAGCGAGUGAUUUUCAACAUCGUUAACAUCAACAAGAGUCGAAAUCUGUUCAAGGACGGCAUGACUCCACUGGUAAAAUCUACCAGUAGACCGAAGUGGCAACGUUUGCCUCGGUGCGAAGUCUUCUAUUACAAGUCAGCUGUGCAUCAGAAUCAUUACGUGCUGAGUUUCGCCUUUGGGUUCGACAAAGAGGACGAGGUGUAUCAGUUCGCAAUGACUUUUCCGUAUUCGUAUUCUAAGCUGCAGGCCUAUCUGAGUGCGUUGGAAACAAAAUAUCCGGAAUCUUUCGAAAGAUCACAACUGGGGACGACGAUUCAAAACCGUCGGUUGGAUCUUGUGACUUUCGAUGAAGUAAAAAAGCCGGAAAAAGUUGAUCACAAAAACCUUAUCCACAUUGUGGUUAUACUGGCCCGGGUACAUCCGGGUGAAUCUCCGGCCUCUUAUGUAGUGCAAGGGCUUAUUGAAUUUCUGGCUGCAGGCAAUAUGCCAAUAUCAAAAGCACUGAGAGAAAAUGUUGUGUUCAAAAUCAUUCCGAUGAUGAAUCCCGAUGGUGUAUUUUUGGGAAAUAAUCGGUGCAAUGUGAUCGGACACGAUCUGAAUCGCUCCUGGAAUCGACAAUCAAUGUACACCCAUCCAACCCUAUUUUCGACCAUGAAAAUGUUGAAGGAGUACGAUAAUUCUAGCUGUUACCAGGUCGAUUUUGUCAUCGAUAUCCACGCCCAUUCAAGUCUGACGGGAGCAUUCAUUUAUGGAAGUACCUAUGACAAUGUGUACCGAUACGAGCGGCAUCUGGUUUUUCCGAAAUUGUUCGCGUCCAAGUGCGAAGAGUUUUCCCAGGAUCACAUGAUGUUCAAUGCCGACGACAGAAAAUCCGGCACGGCUAGACGAUAUUUUGCGGAUGCCCUGAGCGACAAUGUUAACACCUACACGUUAGAAGUUUCGAUGUGUGGUUAUUAUUUGAACGAUAGCAAUGUGCUUACCCAAUACACCGAAGAUGGGUAUAUGCGCAUCGGACGAAACCUGGCCCGGUCCAUCUUGGAGUACUAUCGAUUCACCAACGUGCUGCCAAUUCCACCGGUAGAUGAGUUGCGGCCUCGUAAAGGCAGACCUCGAACGCAUCGACCUAGAGGCCGCUCCAAGACCCGCAGUGAAGUGCACGUGCGGCCAAGAACUGUACGCACUCAUGCGCCCAUAAGCUACACGGAUCUUUCGAUUUGCUACGACAGCUCCACUUCCAACGAGGGCUCUCCUGUUCGUUACAUGUACUCCAACUACGGAGGAUUCCGUAUGCGGGCUCUCGGACCACCGGAUCAGUAUUCUCUGUCCAGUAUUCAAGCGGCUCGGUUCAGCAACCUAGACUUUAGCAGCGAUUACCGUUUUAAAGUACCGCCCAAAAUUAAAAUGAUCCCGGAACCGAAAAUGCCACCCAUCGAGAUAGUCAACGUGCCACCCAAACCCUGUCUAACCAUAAUCGAUUUUAAUCUUCUCACCAGGGGAGGACUGGACGAAGCUAUCUCCGGUCGGGGCUACGAUAGGGAAAGAGAUAAACCCAAGCGUCCCGCAACCAAGAGUUUUUCGAGAAGAACUUAGCUGGGAGGAUGUGUAGAGUAUUAAAACGAAAGGGGGUUAAAAUUUGUAAAAGUCUUUAGUAUUCAAAUCUGUUAUACAUGUUUCUAUUAAACUAGUAAAGGCUUCAGUGCCACAGACCAGGACCUGACUCGAAUUCUGUGUGAUCUUGAGUAAUAAAUUUUCUAU